GAAGUAGUGUUGCAUUGGAUACUUGCCUUCCGGGCAGAUUGUCUGUCGUUGCGGCAGCUGUAAAAAGGGGAGGCCAUUUUCGGGAGGCCAUUUUCUGUUAGUAGGAAGAGUAAGGGCUAGAGGAGAGGGGGAGAAAAGGGCUCAGCACCUCCCCGCCGAGCCGUGGACAGAGGGGCGCUUUUGGCAGGCGGGUGAGGUCGCUGAGGGCCCGGAGGAGAUGUUUUCCCUGUCCAGUACGGUGCAGCCCCAGGUUACAGUUCCUCUGAGUCACCUCAUCAAUGCCUUCCAUUCACCAAAAACCACAUCUAUAUCUGUCAGUGCGUCAGCUUCGCAAAACCAGCAUCGAGAUGUAGUUCCAGAGCAUGAGGCUCCUGGCAAUGAGUCUGUACUUAACUUAAGAGACCUUGGAUUAUCUGAUUUAAAAAUUGGACAAAUUGAUCAACUGGUAGACAGUCUACUUCCUGGAUUUUGUGAAGGCAAGAGUGUUUCUUCCCAUUGGCAUACAUCUCAUGUCUCUGCACAGUCCUUCUUCGAAAAUAAAUAUGGUUACUUAGAUAUGUUUACUACUUUACGUUCCUCUUGCUUGUACAGACAGCAUUCAAGAACUCUUAAAAGUAUUUGUUCAGAUCUUCAGUACUGGCCAGUUUUCAUACAGUCUCGGGGUUUUAAAACUUUGAAAUCAAGAACUCGACGUUUACAGUCCACCUCUGAAAGAUUAGCAGAGACACAGCAUAUAGCACCAUCGUUUGUAAAGGGGUUCCUUUUGCGGGACAGAGGAUCAGAUGUUGAGAGUUUGGACAAACUCAUGAAAACCAAAAAUAUACCCGAAGCUCACCAAGAUGCAUUUAAAACUGGUUUUGCAGAGGGUUUUCUGAAAGCUCAAGCACUAAUGCAAAAAACUAAUGAUUCUCUGAGACGAACUCGUCUAAUUCUCUUCGUUUUGCUGCUGUUUGGCAUUUAUGGACUAUUAAAAAACCCAUUUUUAUCUGUCCGCUUCCGGACAACAACGGGGCUUGAUUCUGCAGUAGAUCCUGUCCAGAUGAAAAAUGUCACCUUUGAACAUGUCAAAGGAGUGGAAGAAGCCAAACAAGAAUUGCAGGAGGUUGUUGAGUUCUUGAAAAAUCCACAAAAAUUUACUGUACUUGGAGGUAAACUUCCAAAAGGAAUUCUUUUAGUUGGACCACCAGGAACAGGAAAGACACUUCUUGCUCGUGCUGUGGCUGGAGAAGCUGAUGUUCCUUUUUAUUAUGCUUCUGGAUCAGAAUUUGAUGAAAUGUUUGUGGGUGUGGGAGCCAGUCGUAUCAGAAAUCUAUUUAGGGAAGCAAAAGCAAAUGCUCCCUGUGUUAUAUUCAUUGAUGAAUUAGAUUCUGUUGGUGGAAAGCGAAUUGAGUCUCCAAUGCAUCCAUAUUCAAGACAGACUAUAAAUCAACUCCUUGCUGAAAUGGAUGGUUUUAAACCCAAUGAAGGAGUUAUCAUAAUAGGAGCCACAAACUUCCCAGAGGCAUUAGAUAAUGCCUUAAUACGUCCUGGACGUUUUGACAUGCAAGUUACAGUUCCAAGACCAGAUGUAAAAGGACGAACAGAAAUUUUGAAAUGGUAUCUCAAUAAAAUAAAGUUUGAUCAGUCUGUUGAUCCAGAAAUUAUAGCUCGAGGUACUGUUGGCUUUUCUGGAGCAGAGCUGGAGAAUCUUGUGAAUCAGGCUGCAUUAAAGGCAGCUGUUGAUGGAAAAGAAAUGGUUACCAUGAAGGAACUAGAAUUUUCCAAAGAUAAAAUUCUAAUGGGCCCUGAACGUAGAAGUGUGGAAAUUGAUAACAAAAACAAAACCAUCACAGCCUACCAUGAAUCUGGUCAUGCUAUUAUUGCAUAUUACACUAAAGAUGCAAUGCCUAUCAACAAAGCUACAAUCAUGCCACGAGGGCCAACACUUGGACAUGUGUCCCUGUUGCCGGAGAAUGACAGAUGGAAUGAAACUAGAGCUCAGCUGCUUGCACAGAUGGAUGUUAGUAUGGGAGGAAGAGUGGCUGAGGAGCUUAUAUUUGGAACUGACCAUAUCACAACAGGUGCUUCCAGUGAUUUUGAUAAUGCAACUAAAAUAGCAAAGCGGAUGGUUACCAAAUUUGGAAUGAGUGAAAAGCUUGGAGUUAUGACGUACAGUGAUACAGGGAAACUGAGUCCAGAAACUCAAUCUGCUAUUGAGCAAGAAAUUAGAAUCCUUCUAAGGGACUCAUAUGAACGAGCAAAACAUAUCUUGAAGACUCAUGCAAAAGAGCAUAAGAAUCUAGCAGAAGCUUUACUAACCUAUGAGACUUUGGAUGCCAAAGAGAUUCAAAUUGUUCUUGAGGGAAAGAAAUUGGAAGUGAGAUGAUAAUUCUUAAAAUGGAUGCAUUGCUGGUUUUACUGCAAGAAUAUAUAAGUAGCAUUUCAGUAGUCUCCUUUUGCAAUGCUUUUCUCUCAUUCUUGACUUGAUAUCACUCAAGGGUGUGAAACACUUUGUCUCUUUUGUCAUGUUUAGUCUAGUUUUGGUUAGUCUCAUGAUGACACCUAUUGCAAGUUAUCAACUCAUAGCAAAUAUGUUAAAGAAAAUAAAGAACUGUUAGGAUUGAAAAUAGCUUGUUAGAGAAAUGUCAGUCAGUUAUUCAGUUGAAAAUAAGUAAUGAUUUCAUGGUUGGUUCCUCUACUAGAUGUGAAUAAAAAUUGUGCCUUUAGCACUUGGAAAGUAUUUUUACCUGGCAAAGUAAAAUUGUUGAAGGAGUGUCUUUGUUUUUAGAUAGUACCAUUUGUUGGUGAACCAUACUUCUAUUCAUGUCAGUGGAAACUUCAUUAAGAUGCACUUAAUUAUGUUCCAGGUUGUCCAUAAUAUAAAAUAGUUCUGCUUUUGUUUUUGUCUAUCUAAAAAUAGAGAACUGUAAAUGUAAAGAUAUAAUCAUAAUUUAAAUGAUUAUAACCUUUUAGAGAUGCAGCUUGCAUUUUCAUUGUCUUUUUUUAACAUCAUCAUCAUUCUUACUAAUGAAAUUUAUUUCAGAGCAGCAAGUAUUUCAUUAAAUAAACAGUGAGUCACUUCAAAAUCUGAAUUAUUAUAUAAUUAUGCUUGGUAUUGAAAAAAAAUUAACCCCAAAUCCCAGUCCCUUCAAAGUGAACUUUGAAUUACCGUGUUAGAAAUGGAAAGUUGUGUUUGCUUUUCAUUCAGAUUUUGUGAAUAUGAACAUAUUACAGGAUUUACAGAUGACUUUAUUAACUGAAUAAAAAAAUUUUUAGAGCUCAUUGUAUUGGUUUUACAACCAAAUUAUAUUCUUGAAGUUAUUUUAUUAAAGUUACCUACAGUUUUCUAAUAA